GGCGCCCCAGGGGAAGAGUGCUUGAACUUUGCUGUUCCGGGCUGUUUUCUGAUUCUGUUUUACCUUAUAGUUCACAGCUGGCCCAUUAGGAGGCUAUAUGACUCCCUGAAGGAAAAGAACAAUGCUGUGUUGGGGGUAUUGGUCUCUGGGCCAACCAGGCAUCAGCUCCAACCUGCGGGGAGGAAUCGUUGCCGAGCCCCAGGUGUGCCGCUUUGUAUCGGACAGGAGCAUCAAGGAAGUGGCGUGCGGAGGAAACCACUCCGUGUUCCUGCUAGAGGAUGGGGAGGUUUACACGUGUGGUGUGAACACCAAGGGACAGCUUGGCCAUGAGAGGGAAGGCAACAAGCCAGAACAAAUUGGAGCAUUGGCUGAUCAGCAUAUCGUGCAUGUGGCCUGUGGAGAGUCUCACAGUCUGGCUCUCAGCGACCGGGGCCAGCUGUUUUCUUGGGGUGCAGGAAGUGAUGGCCAGCUGGGCCUCAUGACUACUGAGGAUUCAGUGGCAGUGCCCAGGUUAAUACAGAAGCUGAACCAGCAGACCAUAUUACAAGUUUCCUGUGGUAACUGGCACUGCUUGGCUCUGGCAGCUGAUGGCCAGUUCUUCACAUGGGGAAAGAACAGCCAUGGACAGCUAGGGCUGGGGAAGGAGUUCCCCUCCCAAACCAGCCCACAGAGGGUGAGGUCUUUGGAAGGGAUCCCGCUGGCUCAGGUGGCUGCAGGAGGGGCUCAUAGCUUUGCCCUGUCUCUCUCGGGAGCUGUUUUUGGCUGGGGAAUGAAUAAUGCAGGGCAGCUAGGGCUCAGUGAUGAAAAAGAUCGGGAGUCUCCAUGCCACGUGAAGCUUUUGAGGACACAGAAAGUCGUGUAUAUUAGUUGUGGAGAGGAGCACACAGCGGUUCUCACAAAGAGUGGAGGCGUGUUUACUUUUGGUGCUGGUUCCUGCGGGCAACUUGGACAUGACUCCAUGAAUGAUGAAGUUAAUCCAAGAAGAGUUCUGGAGCUAAUGGGCAGUGAAGUAACUCAGAUUGCUUGUGGCAGACAGCACACCCUAGCCUUUGUGCCUUCUUCUGGACUCAUCUAUGCAUUUGGUUGUGGAGCUAAAGGUCAGCUGGGAACUGGACACACAUGUAAUGUUAAGUGCCCAUCUCCUGUGAAGGGGUACUGGGCUGCCCACAGUGGUCAGCUGUCAGCUCGAGCUGAUCGCUUUAAGUACCGAGUCGUUAAACAGAUCUUCUCUGGAGGGGACCAGACUUUUGUACUUUGCUCCACAUAUGAGAAUUCUUCUCCUGCUGUUGACUUCAGGACUGUGAACCAAGCACAUUAUACCAACUUAAUAAAUGAUGAAACCAUAGCAGUUUGGAGGCAAAAACUCUCAGAACACAACAAUGCAAAUACAAUCAAUGGUGUUGUUCAGAUACUGUCUUCUGCAGCUUGUUGGAAUGGAAGUUUUCUGGAAAAAAAAAUCGAUGAACAUUUUAAAACCAGUCCCAAAAUCCCUGGGAUUGACCUGAACUCAACUAGGGUUUUAUUUGAGAAGUUAAUGCACUCUCAGCACUCCAUGAUUCUAGAGCAGAUAUUAAACAGCUUUGAAAGUUGCCUCAUUCCCCAGUUGUCAAGUUCACCCCCAGAUGUGGAAGCAAUGAGAAUCUAUUUAAUACUCCCAGAGUUUCCCCUGCUUCAGGAUUCUAGGUAUUACAUAACCAUGACCAUUCCCCUGGCGAUGGCCAUUCUGCGGCUGGAUGCAAACCCCAGCAAAGUAUUAGAUAACUGGUGGUCUCAGGCAUGCCCCAAAUAUUUCAUGAAGCUGGUGAACCUCUAUAAAGGCGCGGUGCUUUACCUGCUAAGGGGAAGGAAGACAUUCCUAAUCCCUGUCCUGUUUAAUAAUUACAUGACUGCAGCUCUCAAGCUUCUGGAGAAAUUGUACAAGGUAAAUCUUAAAGUGAAGCAUGUGGAAUAUGAUACAUUUUAUAUCCCUGAGAUUUCCAGUCUGGUGGACAUUCAGGAAGACUACCUCAUGUGGUUUCUGCAUCAAGCAGGGAUGAAAGCUAGACCAUCUAUCAUACAGGAUGCUGUAACCCUUUGUUCCUACCCUUUCAUAUUUGAUGCCCAAGCCAAGACCAAAAUGUUGCAGACUGAUGCUGAGUUACAGAUGCAGGUGGCUGUCAAUGGCGCCAACCUGCAGAAUGUCUUCAUGCUUCUCACGCUGGAGCCUCUGCUGGCCAGAAGCCCCUUCUUGGUCCUUCAUGUCCGCAGGAACCACCUUGUUGGAGAUGCCCUGAGAGAGUUGAGCAUUCAUUCUGACAUCGACUUGAAGAAGCCUCUCAAAGUGAUCUUUGAUGGGGAAGAAGCAGUAGAUGCUGGUGGCGUUACAAAGGAGUUCUUUCUUUUGCUGUUAAAAGAACUUUUGAAUCCCAUUUAUGGGAUGUUUACCUACUAUCAAGAUUCCAGUCUUCUGUGGUUUUCAGAUACAUGUUUUGUAGAACACAACUGGUUUCACUUGAUCGGCAUAACCUGUGGACUCGCUAUCUACAACUCCACUGUGGUUGACCUCCACUUCCCAUUGGCUCUCUACAAGAAGUUACUGAAUGUAAAGCCUGGCUUGGAAGAUUUAAAGGAACUGUCACCAACUGAAGGAAGGAGUCUUCAAGAGCUUCUCGAUUACCCUGGUGAAGAUGUUGAGGAGACCUUUUGCCUCAACUUCACGGUGUGCCGAGAAAGCUAUGGGGUGGUCGAGCAGAAGAAGCUGAUACCUGGGGGAGACAGAGUGACUGUGUGCAAGGACAACAGGCAAGAAUUUGUGGAUGCUUAUGUGAAUUAUGUCUUCCAAAUCUCGGUUCAUGAGUGGUACACAGCCUUCUCCAGUGGCUUUCUAAAAGUGUGUGGUGGCAAAGUCCUCGAGCUCUUCCAGCCCGCAGAACUGAGGGCUAUGAUGGUGGGGAACAGCAACUAUAACUGGGAAGAGCUAGAAGAGACUGCUGUCUACAAGGGUGAUUACUCAAGCACACAUCCCACUGUGAGACUAUUCUGGGAGACAUUCCAUGAGUUCCCACUAGAGAAGAAGAAGAAGUUUCUCUUGUUCCUGACAGGCAGUGACCGGAUUCCCAUCUAUGGCAUGGCCAGCCUGCGGAUUGUCAUCCAGUCCACUGCCACGGGGGAGGAGUACUUACCUGUGGCCCACACCUGCUACAACCUUCUUGACCUCCCUAAAUAUAGCAGCAAAGAGAUUAUGAUGGCUCGGCUGACCCAGGCCCUUGACAACUAUGAGGGUUUUAGUUUGGCUUGAUGCUCCCCAGCUUACCCAAGAUGUCCUCUCCUUCCUCAGUGGCCGCAUUGCAACUGAUACAAAAUAUCAUAAGGAGUGAUUUCUAUUUUUUUAUUGCUUAAGUGGAGUGACACUUUUGAAUCCUAAACCCUGGUCAAUGUGUUUCUGGGGUUCAACAAUAAAUAGUCUUAUUGAAAAAUCAGUGGUCGGGGAUGAGCCAAAAAUUGUCUUUAGUAUGGAACAUGAAUUUGAUUUUGUUUAGCUUUGUUCUAAACCAAGCUACCUAUUGUUCCUUCAUCUGUGAUUGUGUUACAUUCUACUGGAUUAAAUGGCAGUAGUUUUUCAA